AUGGCGACGUCUUCUAGUAACGUUAUCACACUGAAGGGAUCCACAGAUAUUGUCGCGGAGUUCUUUCACUAUGGUUUGAACAGUAUCCUGUACCAGCGGGGACUGUACCCUGCGGAGACAUUCACACACACUCAGCAAUGGGGACUGACAAUGCUGGUCACCUGCAACAAAGAGCUGCAGAAGUUCCUCGAGCAGAUCAUUUCGCAAGUGAAGAGCUGGCUGACAGACAUGACAGUUGAGAAGCUAGUUUUGGUGAUCAAGGACAUAGCUACAAAUGAGGUGCUUGAAAGGUGGCAGUUCGACAUUGACUGUGAUAAAAGUGUGGACAGCAAUACGAAACGGGAAGUUGCAGACAAGGAAAUCAAAGAAGGCAUACGUUCAGUCAUUCGACAGAUUACAGCAUCCGUGACCUUUUUGCCUCUCCUCGACACUGCAUGUAGCUUUGAUAUUCUGGUGUACACAGACAAGGGAUUGGAAGUGCCGGAAGCUUGGGGAGAGACUGGGCCCCAUUUCAUUACCAACUCGGAAGAAGUGCGACUGAAGUCCUUCUCCACCAGCAUACAUACAGUCAAAGCUGCCGUUGCCUUCAAGAAGUCGGAUUAG